AUGCCCUUUAUCAAGCCGGAAUAUGAGCUAAAUGAGAACCAGCCUUCGUCUAAAAGCGGGUUACACAGAGAGCUUGUUGCUAGGAUAAAGUUAGCAGAAAAAUCAAAAAGUUUACAUUUCAGCUCUCUGAAUCUUGAUUAUAUUCCCUCUGAAGUAUUUGACUUAACAAAGAUAAUAAGGCUAGACCUGAGUUACAACAAUCUGGUUAAGAUCAGUGAGGGAAUUGGGGCGUUAUCCAACUUGACCCAGCUAUGGCUUAAUGACAACCCUCUAAGAGAGAUUCCUGUGGCAGUUUCUAACUGAAAGAAAUUGAAGGAGCUAGACUUGAAGAAUACCUUUAUCAUCUCAUUACCUAAGGAGCUUGCUGAGUGCAAGCAUUUGACUUAUCUUAACCUAGACAACUGCCCGCUUGACGAUAAGCUGGGAGAGACAUAUGGGGCUGGUAUUGACUCAAUGCACACAGAGUUCCAGAAGAAGAACACUAGAAAGCACUUCAAGGAAGACCUCUUCAAGAGCUUGGCUGAGUGGAAGUACCCGUCUGAAGACAAGAAGGCUGUAUUUGACUGUGUCCAGGAAAUCUUCAAAGCCAUUAAAAAGUCUGGAAUUGAAAGUAAAAUAGUAAUGAAGGCUCUCUGUAGAAAUUUCCAAAUCCUUUUUCCAGUAAAGCUUGAUGAGGUUGACAGCGAGCUGAUCUGUCAGAAGCUUGACCAACUCCAAAAUGAGUACAUUGAGAGACAAGGAGGUGAUACCAAAGUAACAUUUGAUGAAGACACGAUUGGAUAAUUCAAUUUGACAUGGAAUUUAUG